GAUACGACAGUUAUAAUUUCGAUUUGGCGAUUAAUGGUGAAAAGCAAAGCAAUAUUUACGGAUAAAUUAAAUAUUACGCGUAUUAGGAAAAAACUAAAAUAAAAUAAAAAAAAACAAAACAAAUUAUAAUAAUGAUAAACAAGUUAAAAAUUGUUAGCAAGAUAAUUGUGUAUAUUAUUUUGAUAAUUCCCUGUGUUACGAUUGCAAAUGCAGAACCAGCGAAGGAAGGUAAAAUUGUAGGUGGCUCUUCGAUAAGCAUUUACGAAGCCAAUUAUCAAAUAUCGCUCAGAGUUAAAACCAGGGAAAAAUCACGGGGUUUUGGACGAGGACAUAUUUGUGGUGGAUCGGUAAUUGGACAACGAUUAAUUCUAACAGCAGCCCAUUGUGUACAAAAUUAUGUAGCCAAUGACUUUACGGUGGUAAUGGGCAAUGCAAAUCGUCUUAUACCCGACAAACAGCAAUUGCAAUACAAUGUCCAACAAAUUAUUAAACACUUUGGUUACAAUGCCACCAUUUUUACCAACGAUAUAGCCUUGCUAUUUAUUAAUGGCUACAUACCCUGGGAUUGGCCCACAGUCAAGGCGAUACAACUGAAUACCCAACAAACUCCGGUCAAUAGUCUGUGCAAAAUUAGUGGCUGGGGUGAUAUGGGAAAUGGUCAACUAUCGACGAAUCUUUGGGGUGCCAGUGUACCCAUUAUUUCCUACCAGCAGUGCUAUAAUAGUUAUGGUUUUAUACCUCAAUCCAUGAUUUGUGCUGGCUACAUUUCUCUAGGUGGUGUUGAUGCCUGUCAAGGUGAUUCGGGUGGACCUUUCGUUUGUAAUGGCCUGCUGACGGGCGUAGUGUCGUGGGGUGAAGGUUGCGCUUUGGCCGAUAGACCUGGGGUAUACACAAAUGUUAGUGCAUUUAAUGACUGGAUUGUAAAAGCUAAUAGUACUUUAAAUUAUACUUUAUAUAGUAAUAGCUCUAGAAGUUUAGCUUUAACGAAUUAUGGUAGUAUUUUAUUAAUUGUAAGUUUGUUGUAUUUAUUAAAAUAAAAAGUAUUAAGUUUUUUAUUGUA